AACAAAUUGUCACGUGAACAAAAUAUGGCCGGCAGCAGUAAUCGGUGAAACGAGUUGUUACCGUGUGUUAAAGAUAUAUCCGACUACUCCUGCCUGUGACCUUAUUUUGUUUCAAUUUUUACAGAUAGCUACAUUCCCAAUAUCGCAAAAUGUCAACCGACUUCUGGCUUAUCUCGGCACCAGGGGAGAAGACUGUGCAACAGACAUGGGAUCGCCUAAAUAACAACACAGCUCCAGAAAAACUCUCCAACAAUUACAAGUUUCAGAUUCCAGAUCUAAAGGUUGGAACUCUGGACAUUCUUGUCGGUCUGUCGGAUGACCUCGGCAAAUUGGACGUCUUCUGUGAGAGCGUCACCCGAAAAGUUGCGCAGUACUUGGGAGAUGUGUUGGAAGAUAAGAGAGACAAACUGCGUGAAAAUCUCAAAGUCAAUGAUGCUCCCCCAGGGAACUACCUGCAGCGCUUCCAGUGGGACCUGGCCAAGUACCCCAUCAAACAGUCACUCAAGAACAUCGCCGACAUCGUCGGGAAGCAAGUAAAUCAGAUUGAGUCUGACCUGAAAACCAAGUCUAGCGCCUACAACAACCUGAAGGGAAACCUACAAAGUCUAGAGAGGAAGGCCACCGGCAGUCUACUGACUCGCAACAUGGGAGAUCUGGUGAAGAAGCAGGACUUUGUACUCGACUCGGAAUAUCUCGUCACCUUACUGGUCGUCAUUCCAAAGAACAACGUGAAUGAGUGGAUGGGGAAAUACGAGAAGCUGACGGACAUGGUGGUCCCUCGAUCAUCAAAGGUCCUCUUCGAUGAUGGGGAGAAUGCCCUGUGCUCGGUGACACUCUUCCGGCGAGUUGCUGAUGAGUUCAAGCAUCACUGUCGGGAGAACAAGUUCAUCGUGCGUGACUUCCAGUACAGUGAGGAGGAGAUCGCUGCGGGACAAACGGAGAUCACCAAGCUGGAGGCGGACAAGAAGAAGCAGUUUGGCCCCCUUGUGAAAUGGCUGAAGGUGAACUUCGGCGAGUGUUUUGCAGCCUGGAUUCAUGUCAAGGCCCUCAGGGUGUUUGUCGAGUCAGUGUUGAGGUACGGUCUUCCAGUCAACUUCCAGGCCAUGAUCCUCCAGCCACAGAAGCGCUCAGUGAAGCGGCUCCGGGAACUGCUGGGGCAGCUGUACAGCCAUCUAGACAACACCACACUGGCGGGGGCAGCCGAUGGUGUGGAUAUACCCGGCCUGAACAUGGGCAGCACCGACUACUACCCCUACGUCUACUACCGCAUCAACCUCGACCUCAUCGACACCCACUGAUCGCAGACAGCUAGUGUAGACAGAGUCAUCCAUGGAACACCGUCAAGAAGGGGGUUCAUAUACAUCAUGGUGGCUUUCACGUAACCAGGAGAAACAUAUCUAAUAUUGAGAUACCUGCCCAAACCAGACUUUCACAAUUACAGACUGUAACAUUUGCAGACUUUCACAUUGAAUAUAAGGCUUAGCGUUGAAGCAUCUACCGUGACUCAUGUUACAAAGACUCAAUGAGGGUGGCCAUUUUGGGAAAGGGAGGUCACUCUAGUUACAGAUGAUGAGUAGAAGGUGUUGGAAGGUCUGGUUUUUGUGGGAGGUAUCCAGUGUCUGGAGUUGUCAACACAUUGUGAUAUGUAGGUUCUGCUAUAACUCCGACAAAUGUGAUAUGGAAUUCACUCAACGUUGUCACGGUCUUUUAGGUUGUUAGUACUUGUUAUCUGAGAUUUUAGAAAGGAACAUUGAAGCUUUGUGCUGUCUUGGAUAUUUAGUAAUGGAAAUGCAAGAUUUUAUCAGUUUUAGAUGAUAAAUUGUUGAUUUGCUUAUCACUCCUCGUUAUUUUAAACAUGUUGACCACAAAUUGAAAAAGAUGUCAUAAACACAACAUGCUUUGUUGGUAAAGGGUAUUCUAGUAUAUCUGUUCUUUCAUGGAUUAGAAAAUUACAGUUAUAAUGAAAAUCAAAAUCUGUCAAUUUAAUCAUAUGAUUUCAUUUGUGUAUAUUGUGAAAAUCUUCAUCACACAUCUAGUCAACUCUAAUCAUUGUAAUAGAUGUCAAUUAUAGGGUUUAUGACAUACAAAAAAGCAUGAUGAAAAUGAAUAUGAGAAAAAACAUUGAGCAAUUGCUUUGUACAUCAAGUAUUAACAUGUAUAAGACAUUUAGAACAUGUUGUAACAGUGUAUCUGUCAGAGUGCUCAUGAACAAACAAAGACAGUGAGUUUUCUUGCAAUAUGACCUCCACAGAAGCCAUGUUAAUGUUGUAUUUUAACCAUGUUUGUACUUUGUCCUUUUAUUCUGUUUAUAUGAUUUUAAGUCCAAAAUGUCUUUGGUUUCCUGUCCAAACUGUUAGUAUGAAAGAUUGAUGUCAAAUAACAUACGUAGGAUUUCCGACAAUUAGAUGCCCUUCCAUACAUUGUGCACGGUGAGGUAAGAGAAGCACUGUGAAGCCCCCUGUAGGGAGUAUGCAUAGUGAGUAUAGGUCAAGUAGUGAGAGUCCACCUCAUUUACUCAAGGAAUCUCCUCAAGAAUUGAAUCGGUUCCAAGAUAAUUUAGAUUCUGCUACUGAAUGUUGUGAUCAGUAUACAGUGUGAUCAGUGUACAGACUGGUUAUACCAGAGCAUAGUGUGACCAGUGGGUUGUAUAUAAGGUAAUAAUAAGUAAGGGAAGUUUCCUGCUGGUCAGUGUCUAGUAUUUUGUAAUUGUGCUGACACAUUAGUCCCAGUAAACGUUCAUGUAGCUCACCCCCUGUAAUGCUGUUGAAGCAAGGAUGGAGAAUUAGGUCUCUGUUCAUACUGUGGGAACAUUCUCUCUCUGCAUUCUUUGACUGAUUGUUUAACGUGAACAUUCCAAGUUGGUUUGAGUGUAUUCUGUGUUGGAAGAUGCGUAACCAUGGCAACUGUUACUAUGGUAACUAUAUGUGUAUGACUUGUAUCCUAUGUUGAUCAAAUGAGGCUGUGACAUUUCUACUUUCAGUAGGACGCUCAUGUAACCAAACUAUAAGUAAAUAAAAUGUUAUUAAAUA